CGGAAGUGACGCUUUUGCGCUUUUUUGGGGGGUUUGACUUCCCGCCGGCCCGGUGGAAAUUAGUGAAGUCGGUCCCGGACGGCGAUGUGAAGAGAAACGAAGAUGUUUACUGAUGGGAUUAGUGAGGACUGAGCUGCUGACAUGUGUGCUGCCUGUCCACCCCAAUCUCCAGCAGUGGCUAAGACGGAAAUCACAUUGGAUGGAGACUCACCGUUGCUCGCUGCUACUUUUGCUUACUGGGACAAUAUACUUGGUCCGAGAGUCAGACAUAUUUGGGCCCCAAAGUGUGAACAGCUAUUACUGAGCGAUGGGGAAAUAACUUUUUUGGCCAACCACACAUUAAAUGGAGAGAUCCUGAGAAGUGCUAAAAGUGGUGCUAUCGAUGUGAAGUUUUUCGUACUCUCAGAGAAAGGAGUGAUCAUAAUCUCAUUGAUAUUUGAUGGUAAUAUGAAUGGGGACCGCAGCACUUAUGCUUUGUCUGUGAUACUGCCUCAGACUGAACUGGGUUUCUACCUACCUCAACACAGGUUGUGUGUAGACCGUCUAACGCACAUUAUUAGAAAAGGAAGGAUAUGGAUGUACAAGGGUCAGAGCAUUAUAUCCUUUCUAACUACAGAAAUUACGCCCAUCAUGGAAUUAUUUUCAUCCAUGAAAACGCAUGGAGUCUUAGAAGAAGUUCAAAUUAAAGAUACUGUUUUGAAUGAUGAUGACAUUGGUGACAGUUGCCAUGAAGAUUUCCUGCAUAAAGCGAUUAGUUCCCAUCUGCAGACAUGUGGAUGUUCUGUGGUUGUCGGAAGCAAUCCAGAAAAAGUAAACAAGAUGGUUCGCACGCUGUGCCUUUUCUUGACUCCAAAUGAACGAAAGUGCUCUCGACUUGCUAAUGCCAGUGGUUCUUUCAAAUAUAAUUCGGGACUGUUUGUUCAGGGCCUUUUGAAGGAUGCUACUGGUAGCUUUGUACUGCCUUAUCGUCAGAUUAUGUAUGCUCCGUACCCAACCACACACAUUGAUGUUGAUGUUAACACAGUGAAGCAGAUGGCCCCAUGCCAUGAACAUAUUUAUAACCAGCAGAAUUAUAUGAACAUGGAACUUGUCACACUUCAGAAGACUGCAUCAGAAGAAGUAGUAAUUCCUGAUACCAUAAUUCAUAUGGAUGAAAGUUUCACCCCUAACCUGAAUAUAUUCCAGGAUGUGAUGAAUCGGGACACGUUAGUGAAAUCAUUUUUAGAUCAGAUUUUUCAGCUCAAGUCUGGUUUGUCCCUCAGAAGCAUUUUUCUAGCACAGUUUCUUCUCGUCCUUCACAGAAAAGCCCAGACAGUGAUAAAAUACAUAGAAGAUGAAACCCAGAGGGGUAAGAAGCCUUUCAAAUCAUUACGAAACCUGAAAAUUGACCUUGAUCUUGCAGUGGAGGGUGACUUAAGUAUUAUAAUGGCCAUGGCUGAGAAAUUAAAACCAGGCCUUCACUCAUUUAUCUUCGGAAAAUCUUUCCACACAAGCAUACAAGAACGCGAUGUACUAAUGUCACUUUAGAGAGAAUUUAUGUAAAUUGUAUUUUACAUUAAUGUGAAUAAUAAUUUGCCUGUACUUGAAAAUGUCUAAUUGAGUCUAAAUAUUAAUUUUAAAAUCCGUGUCAUACAAGAAUACAGAACUUCUAUUUAACGCAAUGAUACUGAGACAAGUUAGGAAAUAAAUUUGAUUGUUUACAGUGUAACUAAAGUUCUCAGCAUUUAUCUUUUGAUAUUUGUGUACAUGUUAUUUUCUUUGAAAACAGUUGUUUAAUAUUUCUAAAUUUAACCUCAAAAUGCCUACCUUGAGAUAUUUUAUUGCAAGUUAGAUAUUUAAUCACUAAUUUCAUCAUAACUAAAUGUUCUUUUUUUGCUUCAGUCAUAAAUCAUGGUAUCUCAUUCAUAUCCAUUUGGCUUACUGUUUCCAUGCCAUGUAAUGAUUCUCAACCUUUUGAGUCUGUUUUGCUAUUAUAUUAGAUCAUGUCUGAUUUCAUCCCUUAUUACCUGGCUUAAACAAUUGCAAUCAGGAAAAAUUGCUCUGUUUUCCUCUGCCAGCCUGAACAAGGAAGCUUGCAAACAUUUUUUAAGCAUUUCUCUUUAAACUGAACCUGCAUAUUACUGCUGCUAUUCACCCUCAUAGUAACUCUGUAACUCAAUUAUUAGGUUUGAAGAUACUCAACAGAAGCAAAACUGCUACACAAUAUUUCAAUUUCUUAGCAAAUUAUGAUUAUUUAAGUUGACCAAUAAAUUGGCUGUGUGGGAUAUUUUACUAUAUAAACCUAGAAAGCCCACAGCCUUUGUCAAAGCUGUAGACCAACCACAGCCUCAGCCCAGAUCAUUUGCAGGCUUGCUUGUCAAGGCGUCGGACUGGCAACUGAAAGGUGAUCUUGAUAAGCAACUUGAGUACCCUGACUUCAUCAUAGUCAUCAUCACUGAGGCCUGACGUGGUCAUUCUAUCAGAAACCUCGAAGCAGGUUGACAUGGUGAAAAUGACAGUGCCUUGGGAAGACUGGAUUGAGGAGGCAUUUGAGUGUAAGAAGGCCAAAUUCCAGGGGCUGGUAGAGCACAGAGUUGGACAGCACAGUGCGAGCCUGUAGAGUGAGGUGUAAAGGUUUUGCUGGCUGUUUGCUCUGCAGAACCUACUUUCUCCUUGGCAAAAAAAGGAACCUUCACCACUAUCACAAAGGCUGCUGAGCGAGCCUCCAGGUGGCUUUAGAUCAAAAGGUGUGACCGGUGGACGAAUGCUGCUGGGACACAAGCCAAGGCCUGAUCAACCCUGGCUAGGUCACCUGGGCAAAGAUGUCUGGUGUUGAAAGACCCAAAGCACCCAAUGGCUCCAGUUUACAUCACUGUUGAUGUGUCCCAGUGCAUCCAAGGGUGCAUCUCAGGUUGCAUAAAUGCAAGUCGUUAUGAUGAUUAGUUUUUGCAGAUUUUGGCACUCAAAUGGAAGAAAGCUGCCACAACAGUCUGGUAAUCUCUGGUGUGAACAAACUGUUUUCCCACAUAGUUCACCAUUAGAAGCCAGUUAAAAGGAAUAUUUAGCUAAUACACAAUAUUUAGCUAAUAGUUAGAAUGUUUUAUUGGGAACUUGAGCAUGUAGAACAUUAAAGUAAAUUGUCUGAAAAAUGGCAGAUAGAAUUUAAUGCAGACAUGUGUGAGGUGUUGCACUUUGAGAAGACCAACCAGGGUAGGGCUUACAUGAUUGGUAGGGCACUGAGGAGGGUGAUAGAACAGGGUGGUCUGGGAAUACAGAUCCAUAAUUCCAUGAAAGUGGUGUCACAGGUAGAAAGGGUUGUAAAGAAAGCUUUUGGCUCAUUGGCCUUCAUAAAUCAAUGCACUAAGUACAGGAGUUGGGAUGUUAUGUUGAAAUUGUAUGAGACAUUGGUGAGAUCUAACUUGGAGUAUUGUGAGCAGUUUUGGUCACCUACCUGCAGGAAAGGUGGAAAUAAGAUUGAAAGACUACAGAAAAAAAUUACAAGGAUGUUGCCGGAACUUGAGAACCUGAGUUACAGGGAAAUGUUGAAUAAGAUGCAAGGACUUUAUUUCCUAGAAUGUAGAAGAUUGAGGGGAGAUUCAAUAAAGGUAUAGAAAAUUAUGAGGAGUAUAGGUAGGGUAAAUGAAAGCAGUUCUUUUUCCACUGAAGUUGGUACAAGUAGAGGUCAAGGAUUGAGAUGAAACGUGUAAAGGAAACAUGAGAGGGAUCUUCACUCAGAGGAUGGUGAGAGUGUGGAAUGAACUGCCAGUGCAAGUAGUGGAGGCAGGGUCGAUUUCAAUAAUUAAGAGAAAUUUGGAUAGGUACCUGGAUGAGAGGGCUAUGUUCUGGGUGCAGGUUGAUGGAAUUAGGCAGUUUCAAAUGGUUUGGCAAGAACUAGAUGGGCCGAAGGGCCUGUUUCUGUACAGCAGUGUUCCAUGCCUCUGAUUCUAUAUAAGUUUCAAUGUUCAAGAUUAUUUGUGGUUACAGUCUAGGUUUUUUUUAAGGUAUGGGUUAUCUAAGCAAUUACAUCUUGACAAGUCAGUAAAAACUUCCUUGCAUCCCACACAAUAAACAGAGACAUUUAUAUACUUUAUGACAAGACUGUUUCAUGAAUAUCUGAUUUUUUUUUUAACAUUUUAACUAUUUUCCCAUGGUUACAAUAAAGGAAGCUGCAAGAUGAAGCAACCUGUGCAGAAGGAUUGGAUGCUGUGGCAAAUGAGUCCCAGAAUUGCAAGGCAACUUCACAGGCUUUCCAAUCUGGGUAUAUUAUUGAGAAAUAAAAAGUAUAUUUAAAAAUAAAUAAG